AUGUCUAGCACCGUCACCUCCGUCGCGUGGCGCGGCGACGGCGCGAGUCCGAACGACUGCUCCGCGCCGCGCACCUCGUCGAUGAUGCGGAAGGCGAUGUCGCCGGUGCCGCCGGCCACAUCGAGGAAUUUGCCGCCGGGGCGCGGCCGCACGCACUCGCGCACGAAGUGCCGCUUCCACACGCGGUGCACACCGAGCGAGAGGACGUCGUUCAUCAUGUCGUACCGGCCGGCCACCUUGUCGAACACAUUCUUGACGUAG